ACAAACAUACAUUGCGUCAGGCCAUCAGUGCUACACUGAUUUCCAUGGUGUAUCCCCCCUGAAGAGUUUUUCAGCGUGGUUUUCUCGCACGCUGUCUCGUUGGCACGUGUGUGCCUGUGGUGGGGUCGGGCGGACCAGUGGUCGUUGAGCCUUAUUGUGGCGGGAACUUCAAACGAUUCAACCAUCUUUUAAAAUUCCGUCAGUUGCACCCCCAACCUCCCUUCUUUUCUACCUUAACCUACAAGUCUCUUCCCCUUAACCUGCAUCCCCUUCCCAUGCCAAAAGAUUUCAAAUCCUCACUCCUUUUUCUCCGAUCGAUCCCUUCAUUUCCCAAACACCCUUCAAUCCCAUUCCCACAGAUCUCAUUCCUCCACACUUGCCUCCUCUCACCGCACGAUCGAAAUCCCAACGCGACCGCCCCUCGUUUCAAAAGCCCUCUUCUCUCUCUCUUGCAAAAAUCCAAUGGCGACAUUAGACAUGUGAAGCAAAUCCAUGCCCAGAUGAUCUUAACUGGGUUGAUCCUUCACACAUUCGCUUCAAGCCAAUUUAUCGCGUUUUGUGUGGAUUCCAAUUUCGUUGACCCCGAUUAUCGCUGCAAGAUCUUGGUCCGCAUCGAAAACCCAAAUGCAUAUAUGUGGAAUAUUACCAUUAGAGGGUUUUCGGAAAGCGAGGACCCGAAAGAGGCUCUUUUGCUGUAUAUGCGGAUGCUCGGGAUGGGUUGUCGGCCCGACAAUUACACUUUCCCCUUGUUGCUCAAGGCAUCCGCUCGAUUGUUCGCCAUCAAGUUGGGUGUCGGGAUUCUCGGGCAUGUUUGGCAUUUGGGCUUUGAUUCGGAUGUCUUUGUCCGCAAUGCGGCUAUUCAUAUGUUUGCAAUGUGCCAUGGAUUGGAAGAUGCGCGUCGGGGGUUUGAUGGAAGUUGUGUGAGAGAUUUGGUUUCUUGGAAUUCUAUGAUAAAUGGCUAUGUAUGGAGUGGGCGGGUGGAUGAGGCGUUGAAGCUUUUUCAGGAAAUGGAGGGAGAAGGGGUUGAGCCUGAUGAGGUGACAAUGAUUGGGGUAGUUUCGUCUUGUGCCCAAUUAGGAGAUUUGGAGCUCGAAAGAGGGUUUCAUCACUACAUCGAAGAAAGAGGAUUGAAAUUCACCAUAGCUCUCAGUAAUGCUCUCAUGGACAUGUAUGUGAAGUGCGGGAGUUUGGAGCAGGCAAGGCUGUUGUUUGACAACAUGCCGAGAAGAACUGUAGUUUCUUGGACUACAAUGGUCGUGGGGUAUGUGAAGUUCGGUUAUAUGGAUGCUGCUAGGGAGUGUUUUGAUGAAAUGCCCGAAAGAGAUGUCGUGAUGUGGAAUUCCAUGAUUGCUGGCUAUGUACAACACAAGCGAGGCAAGGAUGCGCUAGCUCUGUUUCAGGAAAUGCAAGCUGCAGGUGUAAAGCCCAAUGGGGUUGCCAUGGUUAGCCUGUUGUCUGCGUGUGCACAAAUUGGAGCGCUCGAGACGGGGAUAUGGGUUCAUCACUAUAUCGACAGACACAUGAUUCCUCAAACUGUAGCAUUGGGCAUGGCUUUGGUGGACAUGUAUGCUAAGUGUGGGAAAAUUGAAAAGUCGCUCCAAGUGUUUGAAGUGAUCCCCGAGAGGAAGACGUUGACGUGGACGACCAUGAUUGGUGGUUUGGCCAUUCAUGGGCGUGGACGAGAUGCUAUAAGCUACUUCAUGAAGAUGAUAGAUAUCGGUUUGACCCCAGACGAGGUUACAUUUGUAGAGGUCUUAUCAGCUUGUUGUCACGCCGGAUUAGUAGAUGAGGGUCAUCGAUUCUUCGAUCAAAUGAGCACAACAUUUGGCCUAUCUCCGAAACUCAAGCACUAUUCAUGCAUGGUGGACCUUCUUGGCAGAGCUGGGCUUCUAGAUGAGGGAUAGGACUUGAUCAAGACCAUGCCCAUGAAGCCGGAUGCUGUGGUGUGGGGAGCCUUGUUUUUUGCUUGUAGGAUCAAUGGUAAUGUUGUGAUGGGAGAGCAGGCCGCAUCAAAACUCUUUGAAUUGGACCCUCAUGACGGUGGAAUCUGUGUGCUGCUCGCGAGCAUGUGUAUGGAAGCGAACAUGUGGGGUGAAGCUAGGAAGGUGGGGGCCGCGAUGAGAGAGAGAGGGCUGGAGAAGACUCCUGGCUGUAGCUUGAUUGAGGUGAAUGGUAUUAUUUAUGAAUUCAUUGGCCGAGACAAAUCACACCCACAGACCAAACAGAUCUAUGCAUGCUUGGUGCAGCUGGCCAAACAAUUAGAGCUGGCUGGAUAUAUGCUUGAUGAUUCUCAAAUCAUGUGAAAUUAGAGCUGAUUGGAAGAGGUGAAUCACUCAGAGAGUACAGAGAAGAAUCUUAAGAAUGCGGGGUUCCACACCUGGGAGAAGGUCAUAUUAAGGCAGCCUGAGGAUGAGGGAAAUGCUGUAGUAUACAAAUCUGGAAAGAGAAGGCAACUUGAAGUGCAAGGUUAUACAAUUGUUGGAAACAUGGGAGAGCAAUGGAGUGAUAUUCUUGGGACCCCUACAGGCCUGAGAACCUUUUAAGGUCCCUGACCCUAUGUACUACAUCAGUUGAGCUAGGGUUUGGUUUCCUUGGUUACCAUGUCCUUGUGUUUUAUGCUUUCCUUCUUCUAUGGGUUUUAGGGUAUGGAGUAUACCUAUGUAUUGAAUAAGAAAACCUACUGGCUUAUCUAUAGAUGGCAAUGUGCGUAAGUUAUUUAAUUAAAUGAUUAAAGGGAGAAAGUGAAACCAAGGUUUGAAAAUU